AAUAUCAUAAAAGAAUUAUCUCUGCAACUUGAUAGUUACUUAUCAUUUAUGGGGGUAGAGUAAAAUGUCAAAGGGAAUCCAAACCAGUCCCUCUAAAGUGGAUAACAAAUCGCGUUGCAUCCCUUUUAUUAUGUUUAGAUGAAAGCCUCCAAAAUGGAAUUAGCUUCAGAAAAAGUAGAAAAAGCUAGAGAAGAACAGGCCAAAUUUGGAAAUCAGUUAAAAACUAAAGUUAUGAAACUGGAAAAUGAGCUUGAGAUGGCACAGCAGUUUGCAGGUGAUCGGGAUACAUGUUUUUUGAGAGAUAAAAUUAAUCAACUAGAAAUACAACUGGAGCAGAAGCACAGAGAAUUAGAGGAUAUGGAAAAAGAGAUGGAAAAAGAGAAAAAAGUCAAUGAACAAUUGGCUCUUCUUAAUGAAGAGGCAGAAAAUGAAAACAGGAAAUUAAGAAGAGAGAAUGAACAACUUUGUCAAAACAUCAUUGACUAUCAGAAACAAAUAGAUUCACAAAAGGAAACACUUAUGUCCAGAAGAGAAGAUAGUGAUGAUCAAUUACAAUUGUUUAAAAAAAAUUCAGAACUUGAGCAGUUUCUGGAUAUAAUUCAGAAUUUAACAGAAGCAAAUGAGAAAAUUGAAAUUCAAAAUCAAGAAAUGAAAAAGAACUUGGAAGAAUCAGUGCAGGAAAUGGAGAAGAUGACUAAUAAAUACAAUAAGAUGAAAAUUAUUGUUCAACAGAAUGAUGUUCUAAUAGAUCAGUUAAAAAAAGAAAGGCUUCAGGUACAGGAACUUACAGAACUUCUAAAAGCAAAAGAUGAAGAAGACGAUCCCAUUAUGGCUGGUGUUAAUGCAAAGGUUGAAGAAUGGAAGAGAAUUUUUGCUUCUAAAGAUGAUGAAAUAAUCAAAUAUCAACAAAUACUGUGUAAUUUGAGAGAGAAAAUUAGGAAUGCCCAACUUGAUGCUGACAAAAAUAAUGUUAUUACUCUACAAGAGGGCAUACAAGAAAGAGAUGGUCAAAUUAAGAUGCUUAUUGAACAAGUUGAACAGUACACAAAAGAAAUGGAAAUAAAUACACUGAUUAUUGAAGAACUGAGAAAGCACAAAGGAACUAGUCAAUCAUCACUGUAAUUCUUGUUGGACUGUGUUAUAUUCAUGUGGGAGUACAUAUCAAACCUUAACAAAUUUAAGAUUUGGACCUUCUCUAUUUGAAAAACAUUUGAAUUCUCUCUUCUUCUCACAAAUAACUUAUUGCAUAAAUGUCAUUAGUUAAACAAAUAUAUAAUUAAAAUUUUAAAAUAUUGUUUUGUCAAAUCUAAACCUUCUCUUUUGGAUGUUGGCUAUUAUCCUUUGGACCAGAUCAACAGCAAUAAACAAAAUUGUUGACAUAA